GUUUUUGUUUGUUUUCCUGUUUUCUUACUUGAAUUUGGUAUCAAAGCGAUAACUAAACCUCGUGAUCCACACUCCGUACAAGAUGGUGGCGCUAAUGCGGCGAUUAUUGAUUAUGCACCGUCAAUAAGAAAAGGAGGAAGAGGAGGAGGAGUAGGAGGAGAAGGAAGAUGAAGGAGUGAGCGAAUCGGUAGAAAGUCACCAGAGCUUCAUUUGAACAUCUCAAAGUGUUCAUAGACCUCAGGUUGUUGUGAAGGUGUGGACUCUGCUAUGAAUCAGGCGGAGGACCCAGAGGACGGAGUCCCUCCCUCUGAGGCCCCUCUGUGUGGGGAACAUGACAGACAGACCAAAGCUCAGAGGACCCAUCAGAAACUAGGACCUGUUCCUGGAGCUGGACCUGGACCAAGCUGUGUGUCCAUGAAGAGUCAUCAGUCUAUGGGUUCUCCUCUACACUUCAAAGAUGAUCAGUCUAUGGGUUCUCCUCCACACUUCAAAGAUGAUCAGUCUAUGGGUUCGCCUCUACACUUCAAAGAUGAUCAGUCUAUGGGUUCGCCUCUACACUUCAAAGAUGAUCAGUCUAUGGGUUCGCCUCUACACUUCAAAGAUGAUCAGUCUAUGGGUCCUCCUCUACACUUCAAAGAUGAUCAGUCUAUGGGUCCUCCUCUACACUUCAAAGAUGAUCAGUCUAUGGGUCCUCCUCUACACUUCAAAGAUGAUCAGUCUUUAGGGUACUACAGAGAGGACCAGGAGAGCUCAGAGGUUCCCACAGGUCAAUCUGCCCAGCAGCAUCAAACACACCUGGACUCCAUCUUCAUGCUGCUGGAGGAGAACAUCCUCACUUUUGUGAAGAACGAGCUGAAGAAGAUCCAGAAGGUUGUGAGUUCAGAUUACCCAGAAUGCUUAGAAAAGGAGAAUGAGGAGGUGCUUGAUGAAGAUCAGAGGAGCAGCAGAGAGGCAUUUAUGAAGAUUUCAGUGCACUUCCUGAGGAGAAUGAAGCAGGAGGAGCUGGCUCAGCGACUUCUUGCUCCAGUUUGUCAGCGUGAACUCAAAUCCAACCUGAAGAAGAAGUUCCAGUGUGUGUUUGAGGGCAUCGCUAAAGCAGGAGACCCAACCCUUCUGAAUGAGAUCUACACAGAGCUCUACAUCACAGAGGGAGGGACUGCAGAGGUCAAUAAAGAACAUGAGGUCAGACAGAUUGAAACAGCAUCCAGGAGAGCAGCCAGACCAGAAACAACCAUCAGACCAGAAGACCUCUUUAAAGCCUCAUCUGGAGGAGAGGAACCAAUCAGAACAGUGAUGACUAAGGGAGUGGCUGGCAUUGGGAAAACAGUCUUAACACAGAAGGUCAGUCUGGACUGGGCUGAAGACAAAAACCACCAGGACAUACAGUUCACAUUUCCAUUCACCUUCAGAGAGCUGAAUGUGCUGAAGAAGAAGUACAGCUUGGUGGGACUUGUUCAUAAUUUCUUCAGUGAAACCAGAGAAGCAGGAAUCUGCAGGUUUGAGAAGUUCCAUGUUGUGUUCAUCUUUGACGGUCUGGAUGAGUGUCGACUUCCUCUGAACUUCCUCAACAAUGAAAUCCUGACUGAUGUCACAGAGUUGGCCUCAGUGGAUGUGCUCCUCACAAACCUCAUCAGGGGGAAGCUGCUUCCCUCUGCUCGCAUCUGGAUAACCACACGACCUGCAGCAGCCAAUCAGAUCCCUCCUGAGUGUGUUGGCAUGGUGACAGAGGUCAGAGGGUUCGCUGACCCCCAGAAGGAGGAGUACUUCAGGAAGAGGUUCAGAGAUGAGGAGCAGGCCAGCAGGAUCAUCUCUCACAUCAAGACCUCACGAAGCCUCCACAUCAUGUGCCACAUCCCAGUCUUCUGCUGGAUCACUGCUGGAGUUCUGGAGGAGGAGUUGAAGACCAGAGAGGGAGGAGAGCUGCCCAAGACUCUGACUGAGAUGUACAUCCACUUCCUGGUGGUUCAGGCCAAAGUGAAGAAGGUCAAGUACGAUGGAGGAGCUGAGACGGAUGCACACUGGAGUCCAGAGAGCAAGAAGAUGAUUGAGUCUCUGGGAAAACUGGCCUUUGAUCAUCUGCAGAAAUGCAACCUGAUCUUCUAUGAAUCCGACCUGACAGAGUGUGGCAUCGAUAUCAGAGCAGCCUCAAUGUACUCAGGAGUGUUCACUGAGAUCUUUAGAGAGGAGAGAGGACUGUACCAGGCCAAGGUGUUCUGCUUCGUCCAUCUGAGUGUUCAAGAGUUUCUGGCUGCUCUUUAUGUCCAUCUGACCUUCUUCAGCACUGGUGUCAAUCCGCUGUCAAAAGAACAAACAACCUCCUUGGAGUCCAAACGCUUUAAAGACACUCCUGAACCAAAGCGUCUCUACCAGAAAGCUGUGGUCAGGGCCUUACAGAGUCCUAAUGGACACCUGGACUUGCUCCUCCGCUUCCUCCUGGGUCUUUCCCUGGAGACCAAUCAGACUCUCCUACGAGGUCUGCUGACACAGACAGGAAGUAGCUCAGAGACCAAUGAGGAGACAGUCAAGUACAUCAAGGAUAAGAUAAGUAAGAAGGUGUCUCCAGAGAAAAGCAUCAAUCUGUUCCACUGUCUGAAUGAACUGAAUGAUGGCUCUCUAGUGGAGGAGAUCCAAGAGUUCCUUGGAUCAGGACGUCUCUCCACAGAGGAACUGUCUCCUGCUCACUGGUCAGCUCUGGUCUUCAUCUUACUGUCAUCAGAAGAAGAUCUGGAGGUGUUUGACCUGAAGAAAUACUCUGCUUCAGAGGAGGCUCUUUUGAUGCUGCUGCCAGUGGUCAAAGCCUCCAACAAAGUUCUGCUGUCAGGCUGUCAGAUCACAGAGGACGGCUGUGCUUCUCUGGCCUUAGCUCUGAGCUCCAACCCCUUCCAUCUGAGAGAGCUGGACCUGAGCUACAAUCAUCCAGGAGACUCAGGAGUGAAGCUGCUGUCUGCUGGACUGGAAACUCCUCACUGCAAACUGGAAACUCUCAGGCUGAGUGGCUGUAACCUCUCGGAGAGAAGCUGUGAAGCUCUGUCCUCAGUACUCAGCUCCCAGUCCUCUUUUCUUAAAGAGCUGGAUCUUAGUAACAACGACCUGCAGGAUUCCGGAGUGAAGCUGCUGUCUAGUGGACUGAAGAGUCCACACUGUGGACUGGAGAAUCUCAUGCUGUCAGGCUGUUGGAUCACAGAGGAAGGCUGUUCUUCUCUGGCCUCAGCUUUAAGCUCCAACCCUUUCCAUCUGAGAGAGCUGGACCUGAGCUACAAUCGUGCAGGAGAUUCAGGAGUGAAGCUGCUGUCUGCUGGACUGCAGGAUCCGCACUGGAGACUGGAAACUCUCAGGGUGGAGCCUGCUGGAGCCCGAUGGUUGAGACCAGGUCUGAGGAAGUAUUCCUGUGAACUCACAAUCGACACAAACACAGUAAACAGAAGACUCACACUGUCUGACAACAACAGGAAGGUGACACAUGUGUGGGAGGGUCAGUCAUAUCCUGAUCAUCCAGACAGAUUUGACUCUUAUCGUCAGCUGCUGUGUAGAACUGGUCUGACUGGUCGCUGUUACUGGGAGGUUGAGUGGAGUGGAGAAGUUGAAGUAUCCGUAAGUUACAGAGGAAUCAGGAGGAAAGGAGACAGUACAGUCUGUGAGUUUGGAUGGAAUGAUCAGUCCUGGAGUCUGAGAUGCUCUGAUAAAGAUUACUCUGUCCUUCACGAUAAGACAGAGACACAAAUUACCUCCUCCUCCUCCUCCUCCUCCUCUGGUAGAGUAGCAGUGUAUGUGGACUGUCCUGCUGGCUCUCUGUCCUUCUUCAGAGUCUCCUCUGACACACUGAUCCACCUCCACACCUUCAGCACCACAUUCACUGAACCUCUUUAUCCUGGGUUUGGGUUUGGGUUUGGGUUUGGGUUCUUGUCCCUUUCUGGUUCCUCAGUGUCUCUGUGUUUUCUGCAGGAGGGAGAGACUCCUCCUGGUGGAGAACCUUCCUCUCUGCUCACCAGUGUGACAUCCUGUACAGACUGAACUCUGUACAGGAUGUCACACAGCUGAUGUAGGUUCAUGUGGGUGUAGGUGCAGGUGGAGCAGGUGAGGGGUAUCUGAGCUGGUCUGGACUCUGGGGGGUCCACAGCUCUCUGGGACUUGUGGUGUUACAGAUGGAUGUCUGAAAGAGCUCAGCAAGGUGUGUUUUAAUGUCUCUGUGGAUAAAUCAAUAGAUCAUCAUCUAGAUGUUGGGUUUAAUCUUAAUCUUUGUGUGUCGCAGUGUUCAAGAAGACAUUUUAUAAAAAGGUCUCCCCUCCCCCAAUAUAAGACAAAUAUAUCUGUAUGAUAAAUGAUCCUUGUGUGUCUUUCAUUAACGUUCAUGCUAAUAAAAGGUGAAGGACUGUUUGUAAACAUUAAAACAACUGAAAUAUAAA